GGGAAUUUGUGAGUGUGAGGAGUUGGUAAGGAAGAAGCCGAAAGAACUGGAAAGUCUUCACGGCUCAGUCACUGACUUGAAGUUCUUUCCUUCUGCCCUUCACUUUGGACCUUCAACUCAUCUUAGAAAGCCUUUGGUGGAUCUUGGGGACAAACAGGGUGAGAGACAUAUUUUUCAGGGUUUGGUAUAAUGUCUAGGGCAAUAAUUUGAUGGCCAUUUUACCCAUCUCUCUCUUAUUAUCCUUAGGAAAUAUGGGAUGACAGCUUCCCUGUGUUCUUGGGGGAAGAAGGGGAUCAUGUGACCGCACAACCAGUUACCAGCCUGUGUGGAUGUUUGUGGUUUUAUCUUCAUUCAUGAGACAGUGAAACAACACGGCCAUCAUAAGGUCUGCAUGGCCCCAAGGGAAUAUUAUCAAUCUCCUAGGUGGGAGCUUUGUCAUUGGAUGUCACAAACUCAACCUGAAUCAGCUUGAGAAUCGGUUCUCAACACCUGCUCUCACUUGAGAAACUGAGAAUGAGACUUUGGGUCUCAGUAAUUCUAACAGCUCUGAUAUCUUCCACACCAGCCAAGUUUAGCAGAUCAUUUUUGGGCCUGGAAAAUGAGGCUUUAAUUGUGAAAUGUCCCAGACAAGGAAAAUAUCCAUACUCUGUGGACUGGUAUUACUCAAAAACCAACAAAAGUAUUACUACCCAGAGAGGAAAUCGGAUAGUUGCCUCAGGGAAGUGUCUCAAGUUCCUCCCUGCCAAAGUCAACGACUCCGGAUUUUAUACCUGCGUUGUCAGAUGUCCUACCUCCAAUAAGACUGGAUAUGUGAACGUCACCAUUUUUGAAAAGCAAUCAGAUUGCAAUGUUCCAGAUUAUCUGAUAUACUCAACGACAUUUGGAUCAGAAAAAAAGUCCCUAAUAUUUUGUCCUACAAUUGACCGCUACAAUUGGACACAGCCUGUUGAGUGGUUUAAGAACUGUGAAGUUCUCCAAGGACCAAGGUACCUGGCACACAAGACGUUUUUGCUGAUUCACAAUGCAACCAACAAGGACACUGGUGAUUAUACAUGUAAAUUUAUGCACAACGAAUAUGGAGUCAAAUAUAUUGUAACUGCAACCAGAUCAUUCACAGUUACUGAGGAGCAGGGCUUUUCUUUGCCUCCUGAAAUUAAAGCACCUGCACAAAAUGAAAUAAAGGAAGUGGAAAUUGGAAAACCCACAAACAUAACGUGCUUGGCUUGUUUUGGGAAAGGCCAUCAGGUCAUGGCUGAGGCCUUCUGGCGGGUGAACGGAAGUGAGGUUAAGAACUUCAGUGAAACGAGAAUACAAGUGAUGCAGGAGCUCAUGCAAAGUGGUGAGCUGACUUGCCGAAGAGCUGUUUUAAAAAUCGAGGAUGUCAGAGAAGAGGAUUUGACAUGGAAGUAUGACUGUCUGGCCAUGAAUUUCCAUGGCUUCAUCACGCACACUAUAACACUAAGGAGGAAAAAUCCAAUGGAUCAACAAAGUACCUACUACAUGCUUGCAGGAUUUAGCCUGUUAUUAUUACUAAUCAAUGGCUUGGUGAUAAUUCUAAAAGUGUUCUGGAUUGAGAUUAUUCUGUUCUGGAGAGACAUAGCUAGACCUUCCAAAACUAGGAAUGAUGGGAAGAUCUAUGAUGCUUAUGUGAUCUAUCCACGAAGCUGCAAAAACAGUCCAGAGGGGGCCAGCUCUGUGGAGUACUUUGUUCACCAGAUUCUGCCUGAUGUUCUUGAAAAUAAAUGUGGUUACAACUUAUGCAUCUAUGGGAGAGACCUGCUCCCUGGACAAGAUGUAGCCAGCACAGUGGAGACCAGCAUCCGGAUGAGCAGGCGCCAUCUCUUCAUCCUCACUGCCGAGAUCCUGCACAGCAAGGAGUUCACCUACGAGCGGGAGAUCGCCCUGCACAGCGCCCUCAUUCAGCAGGACUCCAAGGCCAUCCUCAUUGAAAUGGAGGCUCUGUGCCCGCCUGGCGGCCUGCAGCUUGAGGAGCUUCAGGACUCCCUGAAGCAUCUCAUCAAAGUUCAGGGGACCAUCAAGUGGCGGGAGGACGACGUGGCCAACAGGCGGUCCCUGAAUUCCAAGUUCUGGAAACACGUAAGGUACCACAUGCCACCGGCGCCAAGCCGACUCCCCAGGAAAACUCCAAGCUUGGCCUCCUUGAGUGCCCAGGGGUAAUAGUGCUUGCUUUGACGGCGAAUGCAUCCUGUGUUGUGCACCCGAAUUUCUCCUAACUGGGUCACGCUGCUCUACCAGACGCUGAGCUCCGGUAAUAGGACUAUAGCGGGGAGAUUUCAGACCUCAGGCGUCAUACUCUAGCUUACUUGGGUUUCCCUGACUCCGGGGGCAUGCAAAAUGCCCAGGGAUUUUCAGCCUCAAGCUCCCGGACUCCUGACCUCACGUUCCAUCUCCCUUGGCUAGUCCUUCUCCACUGUGGUCUAGCAUCUUCUAGCUACUCUUCCUUUCUCUCACUCUCUCAUCCUCUCUCUCCUUAUUCCUUGUCUAUAUUACACAUUUUGAACAUAUUUUGAAAGUUUUAGAAUUAAAUUUUCAUGUAAUCUUAAAGGACACUCAGAUCAUCUCUACCGGAACACCGGUAUUAAAUCUUCCUCACUCUGCCAGAACAUGUUAGAGUUUAUUCAACCAGAUGCUUAAUUUUUAUCAUCUCAAUAUUGCCGAUUUUGCUGGCAUACUUUACUCAAUUACCUAAUUGUCAUUAUAUUUGUUAUUUUUGAUUCUAAAAUUUAUUUCAUAUGAGAGAAAUGAGAAUAAUCAUACCAAACUCCUUGUAUUUCUGUGUUAAUCAAGUGAGAAAUAAAAGUAUUUAGACCAGAGUAAGAAUUCAUUAAAUAGUGACAACUUGUUAAGACAUUUCUUGUAAUGUGGAUUUCGUUCUAUGUUCUGUUAAGCAGAGGUCCCCAACCUCUGGGAUCUAAUGCCUGAUGCUCUGAGGUGGAGCUGAUUUAAUAAUAAUAGAAAUAAAGUGCACAAGAAAUGUAAUGUGCUUGAAUCAUCCUAAACCAUCCCCCCUACCCCCUCCUCCCCCCACCCCCCCCCACCUCCCGGCCUUGGAAAAAUUGUUUUUCAUGAAACCGGUUCUUGGUGCCAACAAAGUUGGGGACCACUGCUAUAAAGAGUAAAUUCUCUCCAGAUUCACUACCACCUAGAAUGACAGAGGCUUUUCUGAUUUAUGAACACAGGAUAUUUUGGAACUGAUUUUACUUCCUUCUUUGCAUUAACUACUUGAAAGCAUAAAGCCAAAUAUGAAAUCUUUCUAUAGCAAAUACAUGGGAUAUCAUAACAGGGAAUUGAAAAUAAUCCCUUCCCUAGCUCCAUAAUAAAAGAAACUGAAAAAUUAGGAUGGGGAACACAUGUACACCCAAGGUGAAGUCAUGUCAAUGUAUGGGAAAACCAAUACAAUAUUGUAAAGAAAAUAAACAAAUAAAACUGAAAAAAAAAUUCAAAUGUCUGCUGAUAAUUCUCACCUUACUAGUCUCUUUGGGAGGGGCAGUUCCUUUUCAGAAAGAAG